AUAAGAACGGAGAAGCAUAGAAGUUAUCUUUCAUUUCGGCACAUUUUCUCUCGCACGAAUAAAAAGAGCAACAGUAAAGAUUUUGGUAGUAAAAUGCCUUUAAGGAGCAGCUUGAUCUUCCAAAGCGCGUUGCUGGUGUUUCUACUGAGAUUUGGAAAACUUUGUUGCGUUCAGGGGGACACAGAUACACUCCCAAGACUUUCAGAUGAACCUAAAGGGGAUCGCAGCGCUUUCUUCGCCCUGCGAAGCUGCCACCAGCUGCUGCAAAGCGACAGCGGUGAGUUUUUCUCCCCAGACUACUUGUGCUCCAACCCUCCUCUGUGGUGCAACUGGACCAUUCGGGUGGAUCCGGGGAAGAGGAUUCAUCUCCGCUUGGAGGACUUGACCCCUGAUGAGGUCUGCCAACUGAAACAGGACCAGAUCCAUGUGGAUGAGCCUGGUGCCCAAUCAGGGGGCCACAAGGUGCUGCAGAAGUGCUGGCAGGAGGCCAAAUUCACGUCUUCGUCCAACACUCUGUAUGUGGUGGUACUGAUCGGCGGCUGGCCUGACCCGCCUUACAGGGGCUUCUAUGCUCGCUACCAGGCAUUUGGACCACCGGUGGUUUACAACCCACAGAAAGGCUCUGCACACAAAAGCAAGGAGUCAGACUGGUCUCCUGGAAUGACAGACCUCAGUGACUUUGAGUCGUUACCCAAGGUGGAGGUGGAGGAUGCUGAUGUGACGUAUGAUUAUUUUGAUCAGCAUGUGGCCCUGACAGCGGGGCUGUCUGGAGGUUCCCACAGCAGAGACGGCGCUACAGAGGUGGGUUUUCUCUCUAGGACACACUGA